AUGUCUUCUUCCACCGACAAUACCGACAAACCCACCAACACCUCAACCCCUACCACACCACCUCAGCAAACACCAGGGCCCCCACCGGCUGACCUCUUCAACUGCAUUCGACGCUUCACAGACCACCACAUCGCUUCUGUGCUUCACAGCUUGAUUGGUCUACCCACAAUGCCACCUCCUCCAACUAGUAAUUGGAUCAUGGAUGAAGAAGACGCCCCCCCGCGUCCCACCAGCACCAGCACAACCACUGCUGUUGCCCCAACCCCCACGCCCAACACCUCCACCUCCACCACUGAGGAAUCACAAAGUCAACAAUCACAAUCAGCGCGUGGCAGAAUGGUUGAGUACUCCCUUCUCGGCGAACGCAUGUUCCGCCCUGAAGACGAGGAAAAACUAGCUCUUGUCUGGAAACAGAUGCGCACUCUCCAUCGUGACUUCACGGCACCGUUUCUCGGUGGGGAUGUUUGGGGUACGGGAAUGAUGGGGAAGAGGGAGCUGGGGCUGUUGCGUAGGAUUGAGGGAGGAGAGGAGACGGAGCUGGACGCGUACAAUGUUCUUGCUCCCCCAUCUUCACAGGUAGGCGCUGGAGCUAGGGGUAUUUUGACAACUACUACAUCUUCCUCCACUACAACCUCGACAUCAACCCCCGCGGAAGAAGACGGGAAAUUGAGGGUGGUAGAGACGGUAGCGACAACGCGCUCCUAUACUGGCCCGGACGGCGUCACCAGGACCACAUACACCCUGAGAAAGCGCUUCUCCGAUGGCAGUGAGGAGCGCGUGGAGGAGGAUAGAACUACUGGAAUCGGCGCUGCUACUACAGGCGGUAGGCGCACCAAGAAUUAG